AACUUUUUACGCAUUUUAUGCGCUAAAACAUUUCAGCGUUUUAGAUUUCGUGUAAUUAACUAUGCUUAAACUCGAAAUUAACAACAAAUGUUAAUGGUAAUAAUUCGCAUCAUUAUGGUCAAUGCCCAAAAAACAACAUUACAUAAAAACGAGUAUCUACGUAAAACAGAAAAAAAAAGCGUUACAUAAACUUUAAACCUCGAUCGUUCAAACCCGCGCUGCCGAACUCAGAUCCCAGUUUGCUCUGCGAUACACAGUACUACUUUUAUUUUUAUACGAACACCUAUUCUGAAAGUUUAUAAAUAAAAACUCGAUAAUUAUUUGCGGCAGUUUGCGAUUUGUAGUACAAAGGAACACCGAAGUUUUAAGGUUAGAACCUGAAAGCAGCAGAAGAUACUGAAGUGGCCUGAAAAAACUUAAUAAAGAUAUAUCAAGAAUAAUCUAGUCAAAGCAACAAAUUGGAGGAGUAAAAAUGUCUUACGAAGCAAGACUGAUGGUACUCGAGGCUAUUUCGGAUUUUUUGAGCGUCAUCACCAUCGCAACUUGUUUUAUUCAAAAGAUUCCCCAGGUGAUCAACAUUGUUCGAGUUAAAAAUGCAAGGGGCAUUAAUUUGACUGGACUUAUCAUGGAAUUAUGCAGUUACACAAUCAUGUUCUCCUACAAUUACCGCCAUGGCUAUGCAUUAUUAUCUUACAUGGAGUAUCCUAUCAUCUUGGCCCAGCAAAUGGUUUUAAUAUUAUUUGUCUUAUACUACAAUGGAAGUUUUAAUAUGGCAAGUUCAGUUGGAGCCUGCAUAUACUUCUGUUUUGCUGCUGGUUUCUUAUCAGGAAUUUUACCCAGAGAAUUAUUGAUAUUCCUUGUUCCAAUGUGUACCCCAAUUGGAGCCUCUGCAAAAGUUGUCCAACUGUUUGAAAUCCUCAAAACAAAGGAAUCUGAAUCAAUUAGUUUACUCACCUGGAGUAUAUCAGCAUUUACAAACUUCACACGAAUCUUCACGAUUUUGAUCGACUCGGCCGAUACAACUUUGCUGCUAAACUUCACGGUUAAUACGUUCCUCAGCAGUUCUGUUCUAGCUGCUGCAUACUAUUUCAAACCGAAAGAUCUUGAAAAACUUAAAAAACCUGAAUGAAAAGUUUGAAUUGUUCGUCGCAUUUAAUCAAUGCACUUUCAUUCAAUGAAUUUUGGCAAAUUAGGAAUGUUUCAUAUUGAAUUCAUGUUAGAUUCAAAGUAGAAUCAAAAGAUCUGUAAUUGUAACUUAUAAAGACAUACUUGUGCCAAGAAUAUGCGUCAAAAGUGAUAGAAAUAGUCGUACAUUCGAAAAGUGUCAAUAUAUAGACACGAAUUACAGUAAAAGACAUAAAAAUAAUUUAAUAUCAGUCAAUAGUGAUUACACGUUGCAGUUCGAAACGAUAAAAGACUAUUUUUAAUUUAUUUUUUAAUUACUUUCAAUAUUACCGGUGGGUUGACUCUCCGAUAAUUGCCGUUAUCAGUAUCUGCAUUAAUUAAAUUCGACUCAACACCGAGAUUGAUUCAUCGCGCAAAUAUAUUUUUAUUGUUUUAUUUAUAGUCAUAUUUCAGAUGAGGCUAUUUUUGUUAUAUUUUCAAUUUGUUAUUUAAGUCUAAGUUGUUCAAGUUUUGUUCAAGUUUUAACACUUCACAAUAAUCAUUUUAUUUGCAAUAAUUUCUGUGAUAAGAAAACUGCAUAUUAUUGUCAUUGAAAUUCGUAAUACAAUAAGAACGUAUGUUAAACUUUAAAUACCCACGUAAUUUUUAUGGUAGAAUUUUAUGGAAUGUUGAUUAUUGUGUAAUUCUAGUAAUGUUAGUGAAUGUUAUGUUGCUAAGUUUGUAAAGUAACGAAUUGUUGCAUAAAAUAUUCAGGAGGAAAGAAUAAAGCUAUAAAAUUGACAAA